AUGGCAUUUUAUCCACUACAAGUUGCUGGGCUGGUUCUUGGGUUCUUUGGCAUGGUCGGGACCCUUGCCACAACCCUUCUGCCUCAGUGGAGAGUAUCAGCUUUUAUUGGCAGCAAUAUUAUUAUCUUUGAGAGGAUCUGGGAAGGGCUCUGGAUGAACUGCAUCCAACAAGCCAGGGUGACGUUGCAGUGCAAGUUUUAUGACUCGUUGUUGGCACUCCCGCCUGUCCUGGAAGCAGCGCGGGCCCUCAUGUGUGUGGCUGUGGCUCUCUCCUUCAGCGCGCUCCUGAUUGGCAUCAGUGGCAUGAAGCAGAUCCAGUGCACGAGCACCGACGAGAGAGUCAAGGCAUACCUUCUGGGAGCUUCAGGAGUCCUCUUUAUCCUGACCGGCAUCUUUGUUCUGAUCCCAGUAUCCUGGACAGCUAAUAUCAUCAUCAGGGAUUUUUACAACCCAGCCAUCCACGCGGGUCAGAAACGAGAGCUGGGAGCAGCCCUCUUCCUGGGCUGGUUGACGGUGGCUGUGCUCUUCAUUGGAGGGGGCCUGCUCUGCGGGUACUGCUGCUGCAACAGGAAGCAGCGAUGGCGCAGGUACCCGGCCCCUGCGCGCCUGGCACCCCGCGCGCCCCCUGUGCCCUGCACCAACCAACAGAAGAAUGCGACUGGGACCGCGCUCAGGAAGACCUCCACCAGCUAUGUCUAG